CCCCCACCCCUUGCCCACAGGAGGCGGGGAGCCAGAGAUCGCGGGGCGUCCGGACUUCUCAGGAGGAAGGCAGACCAGAGCCCGCUGGAAACCACGCAGGAGUUUGCCGGCAGGUCCUGCCGAGGAAGGUCAGGAUGGGAAGCUGGAAGGUCCUGGCGUAUCUCUUGCUGCCCGCCUGGGCAGGGAUGCAGCCGGGGGUGCUGGGCAAGGGGUCCCCGGAGCGCUCUCAGCAUCGCCUGCAACACGGAUCUUGCACCUACACCUUCCUGCUCCCCGAGCUGGGGGGCUGCGAUGGCGCGUCCGCUCCUGCUGCUGCCGCCGCCGCCCCGUUCCAAGUGUCCAACUCGCUCCAGAGGGAUGCGCCGCCCUUGGCCGAAGCCCAGUGGCCCGUCCAGCGACUGCAACAGCUGGAGACCGUCAUGGAGAACAACACCCAGUGGCUGCAGAAGUUGGAGAGUUACAUCCAGGACAAUGUGAGGAUGGAGAUGUCGGAGACCCACUUCAGUUCUGUACAGGACCACACGGCGGCCAUGUUGGAAAUUGGGACCAACCUUCUUAACCAAACUGCUGAGCAGACCCGGAAACUCACCGAUGUAGAGAUACAGGUUCUCAACCAAACGUCCCGCCUGGAAAUUCAAGUUCUGGAAAAUUCCCUGUCUACCAACAAGCUUGAGAAACUGCUUCUUCUGCAGACCCACGAAAUCAGCAGACUCCAGGAGAGAAACAGCUUCCUAGAGAAGAAAGUCUUGGCUAUUGAAAACCAACGUGAGGUGGAGCUACAGGGCCUGAGGACCGAGAAGAUGGAAAUGCAGAAGCUUCUUUCCAAGCAGGUGGACCUUGUUGGGCAUCUGGAGCAACGCCUGGGUGUUGCCUUGCUGAACAACACAGCCCUCCACAAACAACAAACCUCUUUGGCAGAGACAGUGAAGCAUCUGAUAGGCUUGGUGUCCCAGUGCAAUCAUGUUUCGUUCACCCUGCCAGAUGAGCAGAAGGUCUUCAAGGAUUGUGCAGCUGCAUACAAAGCAGGGGUUUCUACCAGCGGAGUCUACACCCUUCGGGUCCCCAAUACUACAGCCACUGUAAAAGUGCUGUGUGACAUGGAGACCAGUGGAGGAGGCUGGACCGUUAUCCAACACCGCAAAGAUGGUUCUGUGGAUUUCCAGCGCACCUGGAAGGAAUAUAAACAGGGCUUUGGGUCUCCACCUGGAGAGUACUGGUUGGGCAACCAUUUCAUCCAUUUGCUCACCGCACAGAACCGUUACUCUCUCCGGAUCAUGCUCCAAGACUGGGAAAACAACGAGGCUUAUUCUGCCUUUGAGCAUUUCCAAGUAGGCGCCGAGGAGCAGAACUAUCGGCUUUAUGCGAGGAGAUUCAGUGGUACGGCUGGACGCACCAGCAGCCUCAGCCCCUCGGGAACCGACUUCAGCACCAAGGAUGCGGACAAUGAUCGAUGUGCGUGCAAGUGUGCCCAGAUGGCAGGUGGAGGUUGGUGGUUUGAUGCUUGUGGACCUUCUAACCUGAAUGGCAUCUAUUACUCUCCCAAUCCUGCCACAAUCAGAUACAAUGGCAUGAAGUGGCACUACUGGAAGGGGCCCGGACACAGCCUCAAAGCAAGCACCAUGAUGAUCCGUCCGGUGGAUUUCAGAGAGGAGCAAGGGGGGAUGCUGUGAUCUGUCACAUGGCAGAAGGAGUGGAGACCCCCUUCAGAAGGUCCCCUUCUGGCUUGCACAAAAUUUGUGGACAAUUGCAAGUCCUUGCCAUGAACUCAACUUCUUCUAGGUAGAUUUAAAAAAAAAAAAUCUGCAUGGCAACAGUUCAUUGUGGAAAUUUCACAGGAGAUCUGGAAGGUGUUGCUUUUUUGUUGCUUUCAUGGGGGGGACGGGACAAUUAGGCCUGAGUCUCUCAACCUUAUCAACUUUAAGAGGUGUGGAUGACUUCAACUCCCAGAAUCCUAAGCUGGCUGAGGAAUUCUGGGAGUUGAAGUCCACACCUCUUAAAGUCGUUGAGGUUGGGAAAUACAGCAUUAGACUGAAAGGGAGAGGCAAAUGGGUGCCCUUAAAGCAGGGGCAAUCAACCUUUUUAUACCUACCACCCAAUUUUGUAUCUCUGUUAGUAGUAAAAUUUUCUAACCGCCCACCGGUUCCACAGUAAUGUGCCAUGUAUUGUUGUCUGCGCCUGCCUCUCGCACAUUGUAGAUUGGGUUUGGUGGGGGGGGGGUCUACCAGCUCUGCUUGUCUGUUACAGCUGGGUGAUGUGGGGGGAGAUGCACGAGCUAUUCUGGGACGAGGCUCUUUUGUUUGCGGUCGCACUCUAGCGCCAUUUAGUUUCACUUACGGAACGUGAACUAAACAUAUGCACCGGCGAUACAAAUAGUAUAUUUUCAGAAAUUUAAAUUGUCAUGGGGAAUUUUAUGAAAACCUAAUGAAAAUGUUUUUAAAUAAUGCUAUGAAUUUUUUUAAAAAAGUCAAUUAAAUUAAAAAAAAGGAAAGUGCUUCAGUAUCGGACAAAAUCCCUUACCGCCCACCAUAAAAGCUGGAAUGCCCACUAGUGGGCGGUAGGGACCAGGUUGACUAGAAUAGAAUAGAAUAGAAUAGAAUAGAAUUUUAUUGGCCAAGUGUGAUUGGACACACAAGGAAUUUGUCUUGGUGGAAAUGGUGGAAACCUUAAAGGAAAUGAUCCUAGCCUUUGUAUAAUACUUGUUGCCCAAAGAUAGCAGUGUGAUUUUGGGCUGCCCUGGAACAGAUCAGAAAUAAGUUUGAGGGGCUGAAUGAGAAUUACCUAUCCUUGGUUUAGGUAGAAAGACUAGGCCAGUGUUGGCAAACCUUUUUGCUGUCGCAUGCCAAAAGCAGGGGAGCAUGGGGGUAGUGUCACAUGCGCGUGCCCACACCCAUAAUACAAUGCGCUCUGCCCUCCCCCGGUGCAUGCGCACACAACCCCCCCCCCAUUCCCCCUGCUUUUGGCACUUGACGGCACGGUGGGCCCAGUAGGCCCGUUUUUUGCCCUCCCCAGGCUCCAGAGACUUUCUAGGAGUCUGGGGAGGGCAAAAACGGCCUUCCCCACUCCCACUCCCGGAGGCCCUCUGGAGGCAGGAAACAGCCCGUUUCCCAAGUCUGGUGGGCCCGGAAGGCCUGAAAAUCAGUUGGCUGGUGCAUACACACGCGCUGGAGCUAAGCUAGGGCAACACUCACGUGCCCAACGAUAUGGCUCCGCGUGCCAUCUGUGGCACACAUGCCAUAGGUUCGCCAUCACAGGACUAGGCACGAAACUGUGAAACUACAUUGAUAAAAGGUAUUUGGGAGUCAACAUCGACAAUGACAUUCCUUGCCUCCCCACCAUUCCUUCUGAACUUCUCAAAGUGUGAACCAUGUGCGCUAGUAUCUCAAGACAGCUGUAACUUUUAGCACCAGAAUUCAGGAAUUCCAAGAAAUGGCAACUUGACCAACAAGGAAACUGUGGGUGGGUGUUUGUGGUGGGUGUGUCUCUGCUCAGCAGGUGUGUCUGUUAGACCUGCGUAACUAUGAUUCUCAGGGGAAACAGGUACAGGUAGUCCUCAACAUACAACCACAAUCAGGACAAGAAUUUGUGUUGCUCAGCAAGGUGGUCAUUAAAUAAAUCACACUAAUUUUAUGACAUUUUUUGCCACCAGUGGAUCGCUGGAAGUGUUCAGCCAAUCAUGUGGUCAUUGAGCAGAUCUAACUUCUCCGUUGACUUUGCUUAUCAGAUGUCAGCUGUGAAGGUUGCAAAUGGUGAUCACAUGAUCCCAGCUGCUGCAAUCGUUAUAAGAUCCAUGCCGGUUGCCAAGCAUCUGAAUUUGGAUCUUGUAACUAUGGAGAAGCUGCAAUGGUCAUAAGUGCGAAGUUGCAAGUCACAUUUUUCAGUGCCGUGGUUACAACAAAUGGCGGUUAUGCCAAUGGUUGUAAGUUGAGGACUACCUAUAUGCAAAUUAGCUACCAAUUUUCUAGCAUAUUAUAUCUGCAUCCUUGCUCUCUCGGAGCCAUUUGUUUACAUAUUAAUUGCUGAGCUCAUGAAACCUCUUAUGCAAAGUUUAACUGCAAAUACUUAGGAUAUUUUCAAUUUUU